GGCAGGGCUCGGGGCAGCCCCUGUCCCCACGUGACGCCCGCGCCGCGCGGGGGCGGCUCCGGUUCAUUCAUAAAUCCCGGGGCCGCUCCGCACCGAGCGCAGCGGCGGCGAUGGAGCCCCGGUCCCGGCUGUAGGACGCGCUCGGGCUGGGACGGACCAUGAGCGAUGACCCGACACCGUGGGACAACGCGACCGAGAGCGCGACGGCGGUGCCCGGCGAGGUGUCCCCCCAGGAUGGGUACGUGCUGCUCCUCGCCCUGCUCUCCAUCUUCAUUGGUGGCACCCUGGUCCUGCUCUCCAGCAUCCUGAUCAUCUGCCGCCGGUGCUGCGAGGCCGACCGCCGGCACUCCAGAGCCAGCGAUGACCCCGAGAAAACCAACACCACCUACCUGGAAGACUCGCAGCCGGCGCAGGAUAUCACCAUCAAAGUGGAGGAUCCCGACUGCCUGUCAUCCUCCAGCUACCGGGAUGCGGAGAGCGAGCGGUUCCUGUCCUCCAGCUCCUCCACCGCCCGACGCGUCUCCUUCAACGAGGCCGCGCUCUUCGAGCAGAGCAAGAAGACCCAGGAGAAGGGGAGGAGGUACACGCUGACGGAGGGGGACUUCCACCACCUGAAGAACGCGCGUCUGACCCACCUGCACCUCCCGCCGCCCGCCCUCAAGAUUGUCACCAUCCACGAGUGCGAGUCCAGCGAGAACAGCCUGGCCAUGACCCCGCGCCUGCCCCCCACCAAGCCCGGCCUCGCCAUCUUCCAGCCCCCCGCGGGGGCCCUGCCGCAGCCGGUGCUCCCCAGCCACGCCGUGUGCCCCAGCUCGGCCCUGCCCGGGGACACCUACAACUCCAGCGUGGACACCAGCUUCACCCAGGCCAGCCCGGCCGCCUCCUCCGACUCCGGGGAGGGCCCCUCGUUGGCAGCAGCACCCAGGACCGGGAAGGCGGCUGGAACGGGCAGUGCUGGCCCCGGGGAGCCCCCCCCGACCCCCGCGCAGGGCACGGUGCUGCAGUUCUUCACCCGCCUGCGCCGCCACGCCAGCCUGGACGGGGCCAGCCCCUACUUCAGGAUCAAGAAGUGGAAGCUGGAGAGCACCCAGCGGGCAUCCAGCCUGGACACCAGAGGGUCUCCCAAGAGGCGGCAGUUCCAGCGGCAGCGGGCGGCCAGCGAGAGCAUGGACCAGGAGGACCGGGACCCUCACCAGACCGACAUCAUCCAGUACAUCGCCCACACGGACGACGUGGCCUUCCACCCCGCGGGCGGCCCCUUCCUGCCCUCCCCCACCAGCCCCCCACCCUCUCUCGGCAGGUUAGAGCCGGGCGAGGGCAGCCCCGGCGAGGCCGGGGUCCCAGAGCCCCCCAGCGCCUACCACGACAUCUGGAGCCUUCGCGCCUCGCUGGAGCUCUACGCCUCCUCCGAGCGGAGCAACGACCAGGACUCAGUGCGCAGCGAUGGUGGGGACAGUGUCUCCUCGACCGGCGGCUUCCCCCCCUGCCCCUCUUCUUCCCUGGACGAGGCCGAAGGGCCCGAGGAGAAGCUCUGGGGUCGGCCCAAAUCGGAGGAGUCGGAGCCCGGCACGCGCAAGUUGCUGCAGAUGGACAGUGGCUACGCCUCCAUUGAGGCGCCCAGCCGGGGGGGUGAGGAGGGGCCCCCCAAGGACCAGACGGCCUCUGAGAAGCGCAUUUGCUUCACUAGCGCGGGGCGGAAAGGCACCAUCUUCGAGAGCUUCGAGGGCCGGGAGCCGGAGGAGGAGGAGGAAGAAGAGGAGGAAGAGGAGGAGGAGGAAGGGAGCACAAUCCGCGGUGCAGCUGGGGGGGGACCCCUCCGUCCCCACAGCCCCCUGGCCUGGUCCUCGUACGGGCAGAUGUUCCCGGGGCGGGACGCGCUGCCCCGGCGGGACUACAGCAUCGAUGAGAAGACGGACGCGCUGUUCAACGCCUUCGUGCGCCACGACCCCCAGUUCGACGAGUCGCCGCUGCGGGGCAAGCACCGCUCCCGCACUCACCUGCGCAAGCAGUGGCAGCACACGAAGCAGUACAGCGACCCCGGCGUGCGCUACCCGGCGCUGGAGCGGCACCGCACGCCCCUGCGCCGCGGCGACAGCGCCAACUACCCGCUGGACGCCCGCUUCCACAGCCCCCUGCCCCGCAUCAUCAGCGCCGGCGACGAGGAGGCGGCGGAGGCGGCCGAGGGGGUCCCCCCCGCCCCGGCACUGCCCGACCCCGAGAUCCAGGUGAUCGUAGAGGAGCCCGGAGAGGCGGUGCCUGAGCCCAAGGGUGGCCCCGAGCCCCCCGGGGAUGACGAUUGCCCCGGCCCCGGGAGGUGCCUGGGGCUGGGCUCCGGCUCGGAGCUUAUGGACAAGAUCACCGGCGGCAUCGAGGAGCGGCUCUAUGGGCACUUGAGGAAGGCGGGACGGAGCCCCGAGCACACGGUGGCCGUGGCGGCCAGUGACGCCCCCCCCGACCACAGCCCUGUGUAAGGCCCAGCGCGAGGGGGAGAGACCCCGGCACAGGGGUUUGGGGCUCCAUCCCCUCCUGCUGCCUCCGGGGCACUGCGGGAAGGGCGGCCCCGGCACGGCAGGGCCAGGAGGAUGCAUGGGGUCCCCUGGCUGUACCCCCCGGCGCGGGGGUCCGGCAGCGCGGGGUGGCCGAGCCCCCCCCGCUCCUGCAGCGAGGUGCUAGGCGGCGGCACAGGGCCCGGGCUGGGGGGUCCCGGGGGGGGGGGUCGAGAUGGAGCAGAGCAAGGAGGGAAUAAGCCCUGACCCCAGCCGAGGUGUCCUCGCCCCGGCAGAGCUGUGUAGCAGACGUGCUCCCCCCGUGCUCCGGUGUUCACAAGCAAUAAUGCCCCCAGUGCAGCCGGGAUGUCCUGGUGAGGACAGGGCCAGAGCUGGGUGCCCCCCCCUGCUCCAUGGUGCCACCCUGGUGGGGAGUGGGGGGGGGCAGUUAUUUGGAGAGGGGGGAGUCGCCUCCUCAAGCCCACACCCCCCCCAGUUCCGCAGGGAGCCUGGGAUCUAAACUGGAAGCCACUGGGACGGCCGUGCUGGGGCUGGAGGAUGCUCAAGGGGUUCCUGUGGCAGCAUCCCAAGGGCUGGAAGGGCAGAACGAGCCCUGGGCUUCCCCCCAAAGCAGCCCCAACAGGGGUGGGGGGUGCCUGGGCGUAAAGGGCAAGAGCCAAGUGUGGGUGACCCCCGAGUGCUCCGCACCCCCCUGCCCUCCCCGAGAGCUCGAGGCCCUCAGAGGAUAUGUAUUGAUGUGUACAGAGGCGGCGGCUGCUCCUGGGGGGGGGCUUUGCUUUUCAGUGGGGUUUUAUUUGUGUUUCAAAGGAUGGGUACAAAAAAGGGGGAAAACCCAACAGUAACUCCCAAACUGUGUUACCUGUUACCUGGGGGGGGCUCGGCUGGGGGGGGACGACGAGGAGCGCCCCUCGGCCCCCCAACUGCAUGCGAGUCAAGAGGCCGGGUUGCUCCUUCCCUCCGCCAAGUCUCUGUCCAAAGCACCAACUCGAGCUACAACUCGGUGGUUUUAAGUCUAUAAACAAAGAAGUUAAAAAAAAAAAAGACAAAAAAACACCCCAAAGUGUGCCUCCUCUGAGCUUGUUUCUGUGCGGGGCAGGGGCUGGCUGGGGAGGGCAGGGAGCCUCCGGCCCCACAGCACCCCAAAGGCCGAGGAGGAAGGAGAGGACCAAACCCCACCUCGCUGCUUGCACUUUAUUGUGGUUUUCUUAAAAAAAGGAGAAAAAAAAGGCAAAAAAAAAAGGAAAAAAAAAAAAAAAAAGGAAAAGAAAAGAGAGUCGACGACCGCUCCCGACCCCUUCCCGAGCCCUUUACAGCAUGCAGGUUUCAUAGAGCUUUGCUUUGUCUUAAUACCCGGGUUUUUUUCCUCAUCUGAUUUAUUUUCACACAUCACGAUGUGUAGGAAUCUCUAAAUAUACCGCAAAUAUAAACAAAACCAA